CUAAAUGUGAGAUCUACUUGGAAGUUUAAUCUGUAUUUGGAAUGUGUGUACUAAAAAGAUAUGUUUAAAUUUGUGAAACAAUCGAUGUGCAAUAAUUAAAGUAUUAAAAAAUAAAAUCCAGGAAAACCAGGCUUAAUGUUCUUCAUUUUAAAUAGACAAUUUUCAGCAUAUUUCUUUAUAGGAUCUAAGAAUAUAUAAUAAGGAAAAAAUUAUAAUCUAUAAAGAUAUCACCUAAUAUCUAUCUAUCGAAUGGUCUUUGGAAAAACCAGUGAUUUAACUGUCUAUAUAUAAUUUUAAAACUAUGGUAUUAGAAUUUAUAUUGUAAAAAACAUCGACUAAAUUGCGGUUUCCUAAGAAACCGCUGCUGCUGGAGCUUCAAAUGCAUGGAGCAACGUAUUUAAUGUUGCUGCAAGAAUUAUGGUUAAAGCUACAGCAGCAUCAACGACGGCAACAAUUAACGUAACGAGUCAAAAUUCCAAAAUAGAAUUUGAAAAACCGCACCAGCAAUUUCAGCAUCAACAUCAGCAACAUAUACAACUAAUAACGAAUACAAUAAACGGUGUUGCUGUUGUAUCGCCUUCCAAAAUGGUUAUACCAUCUACGGCAACAACAGCAACAGCAUCACCAUCGUCUACAACUAUUUCAACAUCAAAUGAAACAACCAUAUCAACUGUUUCAGCUGUUAUUGCUGCUGGUCAGCAUUCACAACAGCAACAGCAACAACAUCAACAAAGCCAUGCUCUCUUUCAAACGCAACAACCACAAACUGCGCCGCGGCAACAUCCAAAAAAACGAAAAUUUGAUCCAGCUGAGCUUGAUCAAGUUGAUAUACUUCAAAAGCACACUCAGCAGCCUCAACAGCCUCAACUCUCUCAACAGUCUCAACAGCAACAUGAGUCGUCAAUAUCCAAUAAUGAUGUUAAUAUGUUGUCUACAAAAAAUACCGCUUUACCAUUAACAUAUAAAAAUGGUACAACAAAUGCUACCAAUAUAAUUGUUUCCAGUACAGGCGGUACCACAACUGGUGGUAUCGGAAAUCGGCAAUGGACUCAACAACAUUUAAUCACACCUUCACCAACUGCUAGCCUAGCUUCAAGUAAUGAUACAAUGUAUGCCAUUCGAACCGUGCCGUCAAUGAUUGUAAGUCCUGUUUCAGUAUCUUCUACUGGUACUAACAAUACGACAGUGGUCUCAGCAGGUAGAUGUGCUACAUCUAUAGAAAGUCCUGAGAAACGUAUUAUCAUAGCGAGCACACAUCCCUCAAGUACUUAUAAGAUGCAAAAUAUUGGCAUCAACAACACUAACAGAACAGUGACACCUAUUAGUCAUAUUUCAAAUAAUGCCAUAGUUCCACCACAACGUUUAGCAUACAACCAUCAUCACCUCCAACCACAGCAAUCUAUUAGUAUGAUCCAAAAUCACCAGUCGCAACAAUCUCAAUGCGAUGAAACAGCUUUAGACCUUAGCGAAUGGACCAAUACACGAGUAUUAGCAAAAUUAGGCAGUUACUAUGCCUCUGGCGAAAUACGUCAACCUGCAUCUGAUGCAACAACUCCAACAAAUUCAGUUUUGGUUGAAUUUGAUGCGCCUGAAAAUUGUACGCAACUUUACACAGAAGUGUUAACAAAUGGUCGGUUUAAUGUGAUAUCGGACGCUAGUCCACCAGCUGCAGAUAUUGUGUUAGACACACGAGUCUGUGUACGCACUCAAAUGGAAGGUCGAUCUGGUUUUGUGUUUGUGGAAGGUUCAGUAACGGAUAUAAAUAUGAAUACAAAACAAAUUACAGUACAAAUUGGCAGUACAGAUACAACGCAAAUUUUAAAAACUGUUAAACGUGCAGAUUUACGUUUAUUGAGACCACCUUGGUGGGAUGAACUUAUCGAUGUGUCACUACAAACACACAUAGUUCCACCAUCAACACAAGCAACAAUUAAACCACAAACUAUUCAGGCAACACAUACACAACCGCAACGAAUUAUCGCAAAAACAUCUGCUUCGACUGGUAGUCAUAUAUUAGUCAGUGGAGACGCUAAUAUUAUUUAUGCACCUACAAAUAAAGGUCCACAUCAACUAACAUAUGUGACUGCAAGAUAUGAUGGAAAAAUUCCUGGCCACCAAACGCCUACAAAUGCUAAUACACAUAUUCAGCAUGUUGUGCCGUCAUUAGCGGCACAAAAACAAGAAGAUUAUUAUCGUACAACAGCUACUUCGCCGUUUCAAAAUUCAAAUAAUAACACGCUACAAGCAUUGGUUGUUAAUGCCAGUUCUUCAACGAGUUCAACGAAUAUUGAAAACUGUUCUGGCAAUGGAAAUGGUUCAGCACAAUCAAUUAGCAAUAGUCACAAUACCAAUUGCCUGCCAUCACAAAUACACAAGAUCUCUCAUUCACCAUCAGAUGAUAUGCAUCGAAGACAAAGAUCAUACGAUGAUUAUGAAUCGGAUGAUGAAUUAAAACGUGUUGAUAUUGGCAGUUAUGCUAUAAACGAUGCUGAUCCUGAAAAAUUAUCGGGAGGCAGUAAACGUAGUAGCAUGCAAAGUCGUGGCAGUACAUCCAGUUUAAUCGAUCAGAGGCUCACUCCAAGAUCUCAUCCAGCAACUCCAAGAUCUCAAGCGACUACACCACAUCGCUUUAAAAAGGGCGAUAUCGUACAGUCUGAAUCCGGUGUUCGCAAAAAAUUUAAUGGUAAGCAAUGGCGUCGGCUAUGUUCGUUGUGUUCAAAAGAGUCUCAACGACGUGGCUUUUGCUCACGCCAUUUAAAUCAAAAGGGAAAUACUGCAUUACGUUCUACUGGACCAAGUCGUUUCCCAAGUGAUAUAAGUAGUCGCUCUAGUAGCAAAACCCAAGUUGACGAAGAUACCUCACGUGAUUCGGAAACGUCACCCAACUAUCGUGUCACAGAUCGUUUUGAUCAGGAGGAAAGAGAUGUAGCUAAUAUGUUAGUGUCGCUGAGCAGUUCGCGGUCGGCUACACCAUCGUACUCCUCACCCGUUAAUCAUGGCACAUCUCCUAUGAACGUGAAUCAUUCUCCAGUACCUGUAUCAAAUCGACAAAACUUUUUUACACCGAUUGGUGGUGGACCAGUCGCUACUGCAGACCCACAUACAACAAAAUGGAAAAAUACACCUAGUCCAGUAUUAUAUAAUGUGGGGUUUCCACAAGUAAUACGUCCAGAGUCAGUUCGUGCUCAGGGCGCAGGUGCAACACAAACGGCCACUAUUGUCUCCUCAAUUCCGCCGCCACAAACAGCACCAGUAUCAAUGGUAGUACAUAAUCAACAUGUUCCUCCUCCUCCUACGCAGAUGAUACAACCACCACCAGCGCCCCCACCAACUCAUCAUAUCAUGACACAUCAUCAUCCACACCAACAAACUUCGCCGGGUCCACCAUUACCACCUCCUAGUGUAGUAAUGCCUUCAGCAACAAAUUCAGUUGGCCAUGCAACAAGUGUAAUACGUAUUUCACCUGCAGCUGCUACAACAAUGAACAACAUCAACUCAUCAACAACUACUGCUGUUACUGCAACUAGUACACAAUCUUUUCAUCCUGUUAUAGUGGAUGCUACACAAUUGGUACCAUUGUUGCCACAACAGCAAGCCUUGCAUUUACAACACCAACAACAAUCGAAUAUUCAAGUAGCGCAUACACAAGCCUCUUUAACUACUAAUACAGGAAACCAAAUUUCUACAUCUACUUCAGUUGGCAUAAUACCAGCUGCUCAUCAACAAACGCAACAUCAACCGCCACCAAUGCCAGAAAAACCAAUUUCAAAAAACGGAUUUAAUCCGGGGUCGAUAUACCAUUGGCACACGUUACUGCCCCAUAUAAACCAAUCUCCCGUUAAAACACAGCCAUUAACAAACUUCUCAAUUGCUGGCAUCGUACCACCAACUGUAGAUACGCCAACAAUUAACAAUACAUGCAGUCAUAAUAUUAAUAACCAUCAAAAUAAAUUGAAUUCGCUGGAAUCUCCCCCAAACCCUGUAAAUUGUGCCACAAAUGAAACAAGUAGAAACAAUAUUGCAGAAACUAUAUCGAUCACUAUACAAGAGGAAACAGACGAACAAUUAGACGAUGAUGUAUUCGAGCCCUCAAUAAAUAAUACUCCUGCUGGAAGUAUUAUACCAGCUGCUACAGUCGCUCAAGUAAAGCAAAAUCACAAACGUUCAACUAAUGAAACCUAUCGCAUGACCAACUUUAGCACAUCAUCAUCAUCUAAUGAAAAUAGUCGAAAAAUUGAUGAACGUAUAGAACGUAUAGAUAUAGAACCAACAAAUUCUAUGGGAAGUACAACUGCAACAGCAACUGCAACUGCAGCAGCUCAGGCUGCUGCUAAACGACGUUCGCAAUCGCUGAGUUCUGCUGGUGGUAUGGGUGCAACUGGGAAAGAACCAAUGAGUCCGAUUACAAAGAACAAGAUACGUAGACCUAUGAACGCUUUUAUGAUUUUUUCUAAAAAACAUCGAACAUUAGUACAUGCUAAACAUCCAAAUCAGGAUAAUCGUACUGUUAGCAAAAUAUUAGGAGAAUGGUGGUAUGCACUUAAGCCUGAAGAAAAAGCUAAAUAUCAUGAAUUAGCUAGUUCUGUCAAAGACGCUCAUUUCAAAUUGCAUCCAGACUGGAAAUGGUGCUCAAAAGACAGGCGCAAAUCAUCUAGUUCAGGAAAAAAUACGAUGUGUGAAAUAAAUGGUAAACAACGUAAUGACUCAACUGAUGGAAUGGACAUCACUGAACAAGAUCAAAAUGCAAAUAUAAUGAAUAAUAUUGAUGGUCCCUCAAUAGAUACACAAACUGAUAUCAUACCGUUAACUAUCGCAAAUUAUAUUUCUACGAUUGAUGAAAGCUCAACACCAACAGUAUGCAACGCGAAUGCAAAUGAUGUUGUUAAAAUUAAAUUGGAACCCGAAAAAGAUGACUCACAAACUGAGAAUGAAAUGUCUGUUCCUAUUGAAGAAAAUAAAAAUAAUAAUAAUAGUAGCAAUAACAACACAAGUCAGCACGAUGAUGGCAAACAAAUAGAUUUAAAAUGUCAAGAACGCGUUGCUGAUUCCGAUAUUGAGGAUGCGGCCUUUGAUUAUAGGAAACCAACUCUAGCCAGUAGUGAUUGUGUACAAAAAGAUGAUCAAAAUAAGUCUGAGAAGAAUGGAAAUGAUUUUUUUGAUAAUGCUGUCCAAACAGUCAUUUCUAGUAGUGAUCAUAUCAAUACAACAAUGACAUCAAGUAAUACUACUACGAGUAGUAGUACUGUUAACGCAGUUAAUAGUGGUAAUGAGCGCGAUAUAACGUUAAAGCCAAAGCCAAUUAAAGCAAAUCGGCAUACUAUUGAGAACAGCAUCCUUAGCUAUCAACAAAUACCGAUGUAUUCUUUCAACAGCCCCAAGAAUCCAAUUGGUGUUACACCGUUUCAACCCACAGGCGAGCACCAUGCAAAAGUCGAAAUUUACACCGAUGAUGGUGAACGUUCUGGUCGUCCAAUUGAGAUGGUCACUCCAGAAAACAUCAAAAAAGUCCAGAAAUUGGUUGUAUCUGAUCGUUAA